GAGAUGAAAUGACACGAGUUUUUUGGAAGUCCAUAAAGGAUAAGCUUAUUUUCCCUUUUCUAGAGCUGGAUAUUAAGUAUUUUGACCUUGGUCUCCCUAACCGUGAUUCCACUGAUGAUAAAGUUACGAUAGAAAGUGCUGAAGCUACUCUAAAGUACAAUGUUGCAAUUAAGUGUGCAACUAUCACCCCAGAUGAGGCACGUGUUAAGGAGUUCAACUUGAAAAAUAUGUGGAAGAGCCCAAAUGGAACAAUUCGAAACAUUUUGAAUGGCACAGUUUUUAGAGAACCAAUUAUCUGCAGAAAUGUCCCUCGGCUGGUGCCAAGUUGGACCAAGCCAAUCUGCAUAGGAAGGCAUGCUUUUGGCGAUCAGUACCGAGCAACUGAUAUCAUUAUUGGAGAACCUGGGAAUCUUAAAUUAAUAUUUGUUCCUGAUGGAUACAGUGAGAAGACUGAGUUAGAGGUUUUCAAAUUUACUGGUAAUGGAGGUGUUGCCUUGUCUAUCUACUUGAGUCUGUAGUCUAUUCAUGCGUUUGCUGAGGUAUCAAUGAACACUGCUUACCAGAAGAAUUGGCCACUUUACCUUAGCACUAAAAAUACCAUCCUUAAAAAAUAUGAUGGAAGAUUCAAAGACAUCUUCCAGGAAGUCUAUGAAACAAAAUGGAAAUCCAAAUUUGAGGCAGCAGGGAUAUGGUAUGAGCAUCGUCUUAUUGACGAUAUGGUUGCCUAUGCCUUGAAAAGUGAAGGGGGUUAUGUAUGGGCAUGCAAGAAUUAUGAUGGAGAUGUACAGAGUGAUUUUUUAGCCCAAGGAUUUGGAUCUCUUGGUUUGAUGACGUCAGUUCUGGUGUGUCCAGAUGGGAAGACCAUAGAAUCUGAAGCAGCGCAUGGGACAGUUACCCGCCAUUACCGGGUUCAUCAGAACGGAGGCGAAACCAGCACAAACAGCAUAGCAUCCAUUUUUGCUUGGUCACGGGGUCUUUCACAUAGGGCCAAGUUGGAUGGUAAUGCCAGACUGUUGGAUUUUACUGAGAAACUGGAAUCAGCCUGUAUUAGUACUGUUGAAUCUGGGAAGAUGACUAAAGAUCUAGCACUUCUGAUUCAUGGCCCUAAGGUUACUAGAGCUCACUAUCUUAAUACUGAAGAGUUUAUCGAUGCAGUAGCUGAAGAGCUGAGGGAAAGGUUGUCUACAAAAGCAAAGUUAUAAAAUCUUCAAGGACUCCAGCUUGGGUUUAUGCUUUACAGGAAUGCUUAUACACUAUUUGGCACUACCCUUCUAUGAUAUGCUCCCCAGCCCUAUGGUUCUACUUUUUUUGUUGGGUUAAAUUCUAUAUUAUGUAAUGAUUUAAAUGUUUAUAUUAUGUAAUGAUUUAAAUGUUAUGUAAUGACUCAAAUCUUAUGGCGUUGUUUUUUUCAA